GACUUCCGGAACUAAAAAUAAAAAUAAACCGGCGUUGCAAUAUUCUGGAAAAUGUGGUUUUUGUACGCUCUAACAUGGGUUUCCAUGUUGAUUCAAGUUUUGUUUAUCACACUCUCAGUUGCUGCAGGGCUCUACUACUUGGCAGAGGUUGUUGAAGAAUUCACAACGACAACAGGAAAAAUUAUUAAAUAUCUUAUUGUGGGUUCUACAGUAGUAUAUGUGGGGUUCCUGUUAUUUGAAGAUCUACCCUUAAGUCUGAUUGUGUUGGGUCUUAUAACAAAUGGAGUAUACAUUCUUGUAUUGAAAACCUUCCCCUACAUAGAAAUAACUCAACCAGCAUUCGUAGCAGCUAUUGCAUUGAUAUUUGUGAACCACUACCUUGCCUUUGGUUACUUCUCCCAAGUGUGGCACCCAUUUUCAGAGGUGUUAGCAUUCUUCACAAUAUGUCUGUGGUUGGUGCCAUUUGCAUUCUUUGUAUCUCUGUCUGCAAAUGAGAAUGUUCUUCCCACUGUUAGCGAGAGACAGCCUACGCAGUCAGAUGAAAGUGAUGUUGUUAGCAAUUAUUUCAAAAAGAAAAGCAGCAAAAUUGGACUUCUUUCAUUUUUCAAAUAUACACAGGACACUUUACUUCCCCAAAGAACGAAGAAGGCGUUCUGAGGAUACACAAUACAACAAGAUGCAACUUAUUGAAAUUAAUUAGCCUAGGCUAACUCACUGACAUUAUUGUAUGGUGUGGCUGAAAUGUGAUUUUGCACAAGCAUUAUGGGCACAAUAUGGUUUGUAAUGUUGAAUAAGAACAAAAUGCAUGCUUUAAGCUAAAGUUUAUAAAUAGAAAUGUCAAUUUAUUUUCAAGAAGUUGAAAUUCACUGGAAAAUCUCUUUUAUAUAAAUGUGUAAUCUUUAUCUUACGUGAGUGGAUUUUUCAAUUAUUUAUGCGUCUAGGAAUAUGCUAAUAAUCAAUUCAUUGUACAGCAUGUAAAAGGUCAUUUAUAUUAUUCUCUUGAAAGCAAGAAAUUUGAAGUAUAUCACUAUAGUAACUGACUCGUUUAAUAGAAAAUCAUUUGUGUGUACAUGUGACUCUAUUAUUGUCAUUGAAUGUAGUACACACUGCAUGCGCUGAAAAUGCAGUGAAAUCUAAAGUAUGCAAGAAU